AUUUACCGCUGAGCAGAAAAAGGGGCCGUUCUGCGGUCAGCAGCACGACGAGUUGGCAGCGAGCUGCUGUCAGUUCGGUAAACCACACCUUCCAUUUGGUCUUUACCGAAUGGCCAUGCGCGGCUUGAAGACGGACAUCCCUAGCGGCGAUUAGCGAGACAGAACUGCCCUAGCAACUCCUCACGGAGCCAACCAGCGGGCCCGGGGACGGACGGAUCCACAAGGCAGGUGGGGUGUGUGUGGGUGGUGAAGGAGUUGAAGUCGAGGAGAGCGGAAUCGCAGUCGUCUCUGUCGAAAGGAACAGCGUGACUCGCGUCAAAAUCACAACAAAUGCAUCCAUCGGUGGGCGCGCUGGAAUUUUUGGAAAGGCUUCGGUGCGUAAUUGCGCCUUUCCGCUCGAGGAGCCGUGAUAUAUUCGAUGUCUUUUCGAGGCGUGACUUACGAGCGAGCUCUGUUCCUGGAAUCCGCACAGCGCCAUAAAGAGGCUGUCAUCUGAGCUCUUGGAAAGACAACAAAGUGGGUUUUCUAAUCUCAUGUGAUGAGACAGACCUGAUCUGAAAGAUGCAUAGUUGACUCUUCGUGUUGCCCCUCAGCUAAUUCAGUCAGGCAUCUACAUCGCUCUUCAACUUCAAAUUGGCAACCUCCGUCUUUGUGCCACCGACUUUCGUAAGGCACCUCCGUGCUCUUCCUCGGAUGAAGUAGAAUCAUUUGUCUCUUGUUUACCGGACUGCGUGAUCGAUAACAUCAUGACAGCUCUUAUUGUGCGGACUGUUCCGCAGACUUAGCGAAGUGCUGGUGUCGGACUUCAGAGGAGGGAGCUUCGGGGGAGGGAGCUCCAGAAUGGGACAUCGCAGCGACGCUUCUCUCAGGAUGAACCACCGAUCGAGCCCGGCUAAGGCCUACGACUUUCUGCUCAAAUUCCUGCUGGUCGGAGACAGCGAUGUGGGGAAGGGGGAGAUCUUGGCCAGCCUUCAAGAUGGAGCAAGAGAGUCUCCGUACGGAUAUAACAUGGGAAUCGAUUACAAGACCACUACUAUUCUUCUAGAUGGGCGGCGUGUGAAACUUCAGCUCUGGGACACUUCUGGCCAGGGAAGAUUCUGCACCAUCUUCCGAUCGUACUCUCGAGGAGCACAGGGAGUAAUCCUGGUGUAUGACAUCACAAAUCGCUGGUCCUUUGAUGGCAUCGAUAGAUGGAUUAAAGAGAUCGAUGAGCAUGCACCAGGGGUGCCUAAGAUCCUGGUAGGGAACCGGCUCCACCUGGCCUACAAGCGGCAGGUGACCACCGAGCAUGCUCAGGUGUACGCCGAGCGCCUGGGCGUGACCUUCUUCGAGGUCAGCCCUCUGUGCAACUUCAACAUCACGGAGUCGUUCACGGAGCUGGCCCGCACCGUGCUCACGCGCCACGGCAUGCAGAGGCUCUGGAGGCCCAGCAGAGUGUUGAGCCUGCAGGACCUGUGCUGCCGGUCCAUCGUGUCCUGCACUCCGGUGCACCUGGUAGAUAAGCUGCCGCUGCCGCCGGCGCUGAAGAGCCACCUGAAGUCCUUCAGCGUGGCCAACGGGCUGAACGCGCGCAUGAUGCACGGGCGCUCCUACUCCCUCGCCGCCGCCCCCACCGCCACCAAGAAGAGGCCCGGGCCCAACAAGAAGAAGAAGAAACUCUUACGCCCCCCGCUGGCCGUCUCGCACUCCUGCGCCCCCACCAGCUGCAAGAUCGCGUAGAGAUACAGGGGGAGAGCGCUCGUUUUAGACUUACACUCAGAGACACACACACACACACACACACGGGUCAACACACACACACACACACACACACACACACACACGUCAUCACAC